CAGUUCCGUUACUUUGGCGCGAUGUCCAAACUAGUUUGAAAAGCGGAGGACUCGGACGGUUUGCGGGCGGCGGAGAGAGGAAAGAAGAACCGCAUUCUACAGAGUUACAAGCUGUUAAACAAGAUAACUGCCUCCGCAGGGAUGUCGUGGGAUUUUUUUGUUCCUGUGUGCGUAGGUGACCUGGUUAAGACUGGGGGUAUUAACCAGUAUGUCGUUCAAGAUGUGGUCUCCCCCAAACAAUUGCCGCUUCAGCUCAACAAAUUCAAGGCAGCGUUGAGGAGCCAGGGGCCUCUGUGCAUCCUGGAAUAUUUUGACACUGGCUACAGUGUUUUACAGCACUUCAACUCAGUAGAACUGGCAGUAAAAGAAGACACCCUGGAGCUGUUGGUUAAAGUGGUCAGUGGCCUGGCGGUGUCUCUUCCAUCCCUUCUUGCCUCCACGUCUACAUCGGCUGCAGAGCGCAAAGACAAUUUAAAUGCAGUAAAAAUGAGUGUCUUCCUGCUCUGCAAACUCACAGAGAGCCUCGAAAGUGCCUCCUACAGACAGAGUAUUGUCACAGCACCUGGAAAGGGCAGUAAAAAGAGUAAAUCAAGCAUUGAGGGACUCUUGCAGUGGGACUCUGAGAGGGAGGGCGUUCUUCAGAACCUCAUCCAGCUCCUACAGCUUGACAUUCGUUCACUUUGGAGCCUCUCCCUCGUGGAGGAAGAGUUCAUCAGCUGUGUGACCUGCUGCUGCUACAAGCUGCUGGAGAACCCGACCAUCGGCCAUGUUAAGAGCAAACCAACCAGAGAUUGUAUCAUCCAUCUUUUAGGGUUGCUCAUCAAGAAGUACAAUCACCUCUUAGGUGCUAGUGUGAAAGUGAUUCAGCUGUUGCAACACUUCGAGCAGUUGUCAUCUGUAUUUGCCCAGGCUGUAUCUGUGUGGAGCAUGGAGUAUGGCGUCAGAGCGAUAAUAGGGGAAGUCAUAAGAGAAAUUGGUCAGAAGUCAAGUGAAGAACUUGCCAGGGAGGGAUCUGGUGUCAAAGCCUUUUCCACCUUCCUCUCAGAGCUCAGUGGACUGGUGCCCGAAUUAAUGAUCCCCAACAUCAGUGUCCUCAUUACACACCUGGAAGGAGAGAGUCAUACAAUGCGUGUUGCUGUCUGUGAGGUUCUGGGAGAGAUCCUGAUGAGGGUUCUCAGUGGGGACGGGCUGGACGAGACCAGCAAAGCUGACCGCGACCGCUUCUUUGACAUACUACAGGAGCAUCUGCAUGACACACACUCCCAUGUCAGAACGCGUGUGCUGCAAGUCUACACUCGUAUUGUCAACAGCAAAGCCCUGCCUUUGUGCAGAUACAGCGAGGUGAUGGAGCUCGCUGUGGGGCGGCUGAUGGACAAAUCCAUAAAUGUGGUGAAGAGUGCCAUUCAACUCGUGGCAGCCUUCAUUGCACACAAUCCUUACAGCUGCAAGUUAAGUAGUGCAGAUCUGAAGAAACCUCUGGAGAAAGAAACAGCCAAACUUAGAGAAAUGAAAGAGGAACUUGCAGAGAAAGCACCUGUUGCAGUGAUCAAAGCAUCUGAGCUCUGGGCUGCCAUGGAGCCCGAGCUCCUUGUGACUGUCAGGACAGUGCUGGAGCCCACAAACGAUGCAGAGGAAGAGCCGGAGGAAGACAGUAAUGUGGAGGCAGCUGAAGACGACAUGGCAACUGCAGUCAAGAUAGCUCAGUAUAUCCGUGUCAACAAAUACAGGAAGGCUGUUCAGCUUUGCAUGAAAGCUCACAGCCUCUUCCCACAGUCAGACAUGUUUGCCUCCCUGACCACCCUCACUGCUGACAACUUAAUGAAGGUGCUGGCUUUAAUAUUCAAAGGCUCUGAUGACACGCCUGAGCUCAGUCAGAACCUGCCACCAACCCCACAGAAGGAGGAAGGUAAAGAGGGGGAGGAUGGUGAGCUGAAGAAGCAGGAGAUGUUGGUGCAGUACCUGAAAGAUACAGAAACCUUUGCCUUACAAGUGGAGAGAGCCAUCUCCAUCAUCAACACCAUGCUGUAUUGGAAAACAACCUCAGUGGUUCAGGAGGCAGUUCAGUUCUGUGUGACUGUAUGCGAGUUCAGCGUUGCAAACUCCGUCAGUGGAGUGAGAAGAAUGCUGCCUCUAGUCUGGUCAACUGAUGCUGCCAUUAAAGACGCUGUCAUUCAAGCUUACAAGCGCCUGUAUUUAAACCCCCAAGGAGACACGGUCAGAAAUAAAGCCCAAUCUCUGGUUGAUAAUCUCUCUGAGCUGAUGAUAGAUGCAUCUCUGGGAACUAUCCAGUGUCUUGAAGAAAUUGUGCAGGAGUUUUUUGCCAGUGGCAGUAACCUCCAGUCCACCGUGGUUCAGGUCUUGUGGGAGAGAUUUACCGGUAAACGAGAAACUUCUGCCUUACACAAGCGAGCUGCUGUGUUGCUGCUGGGCAUGGCAGCACGGGCAGAAAGAGAAGUGGUGCUCAGUAACCUGGAUACUCUCUGUUCAGUGGCUGUGGGAGAAAAAGCUACACAAGACUUUCUGCUAGCUAGAGACACAGUUAUCACCAUCUGCAGCAUCACUGACCACGUCAGGCAGUCAAAGGGAGCUCCGUUCAGACUGCCUCAGGACCACCAGUUGUUCACCUGCCUGACACAGGCCAUUGCAGAAGGUGUGGUAAUGGAAGACCCUUUCUGGCAGAGCUUCAUGGAGCAGGCUGUCCGUCUCAUCUUCUUCCUAGCUGAAUCCCCAGAACAGCUGUGCUCUCGGCUCCUCCAGCGAAGCGCCCGGCUCUUAUUGGAUCAGAUUUCUGAAGGUGGGGAAGUCUGCAAGGAUGUCGACCAAAUGCCAAAUGGUUCUCAGGAAACCAAUGAGCAAGUGAACUGCGUGUGUCUGGCUCAGCUGCUGGCCCUGUGUGGAUGCGUGGCUUUCUGGCAGGUGUCUCACCUGGAGCGCAGUGUGAGUGCGGAGCUCCGGAGGAGGAGAGGAGAGACGGAGGAGAGGGAGGAGAAGGAGAAAGGGCCAUCCAGCAAAGCUAAGCAGCAGGCAGCCAAUGAAAGUGCAAUGGAGGAAGAGCUUGGCCUGAUUGGAGCCUCUGCUGAAGAUACAGAAGCUGAACUCAUCAGAAGAAUCUGUGAAACAGAAUUACUUUCAGAGGAGAACCUGCUAAGUGCUUUUCUACCUUUGCUGGUGAAAGUGUGUAGCUCUCCAGGGCGCUAUUCUCACCCUCAGCUCACCACUGCUGCGUGUCUGGCGCUGUCUCAGUACAUGAUGAUAAACCCAUCGGUGUGUGAAGAAAACAUUCGUCUGAUGUUUACGGUCCUGGAGCGCUCCACUCUCCCCGUUGUCAGGGCCAAUGCCAUCAUUGCCUUGGGAGACCUGAUUGUCCGAUUUCCAAACAUUUUGGAGCCCUGGACACAGAAUCUCUAUGCAAGGCUGAGUGAUGAAGAGCCUUCAGUGAGGCAGACAGCUGUGACAGUUCUUACUCAGCUGGUGCUUAAGGACGUGCUGAAGGUCAAAGGUCAGGUCAGUGAGGUGGCUUUGCUGCUGAUUGACCCGGAGGCCCACAUUACCAGCCUGGCGCUGAAUUUCUUCAACGAGUUGGCUUCAAAGGACAACGCCAUCUACAACCUCCUUCCUGACAUCAUCAGCCGACUGUCCGACCCAGAAAGAGGCAUGAGCUCAGAGGACUUCAACACCAUCAUGAAACAGCUGUUCUCUUACAUCACUAAAGAGAGACAGACUGAGUCCUUGGUGGAGAAACUAUGUCAGCGCUUCAGAACUGCUAAGACAGAGCGGCAGUGGUGCGACGUGGCAAUGUCCCUUUCUCUGUUAUCCAUGUGUGAGCGUGGAUUUAAGAGGCUGCAGGAAUGCUGGGAGUGUUACAGCGAUAAGCUGACAGAACCGGGAGUCUACCAGCCUCUGCUCUCCAUCACCUCUAAGCUCCGUCGUGGAGCUAAACCACAGUUUAAGGCUCAGAUUGAGGAGUUCGAGAAGCGGCUGACUGCAGUGCACACACGAGGCCUGGAGAACGUAGAAAGUCCAGAGAUGGAUGAAGAGAACAAAAAUGGAAAGACAUCGAGUGAUGCAGCCCCCAGGAGCCGUCAGUCAAAGAGAGGUCAGACCAAGUCCUCUGUGUCCAGUCACGGCGAUGACAGUUUUGUGACACCUCAAAGGUCCCGCAAGUCAAAGAAACCCAUGAUCACAUUCAGCAGUGAUGAAGGGGAGGAUGACGAAGAAGCUGUCAUGGCAGAGCUCGAAACUCCAAAAGUGACCACUCCCAUCGCUCGCUCAUCUCGACGAGCUCGCCUCCGAAACUGAGUUUUAUGCCUGUUUUACAUUUUAUUCAUCUUUUAACGCUUUAUUGUUGCAUUUUUAUUCCUUGUAAAUAUUUUCCUUUAGACCAAGCUGCAGUAGUGAGUUGAUGUCUGUAUCAGCAUCUUUUAAUAAACCUUGUUCUAGUUGAAAUUUG